GCAUACACUAUAAUGUACAUAAUAAUAUGAUAAUAUAUGUAUGUUUUCAUAUUUAUUAGUUGUACUUUGUCCUAAUUCGACAAAUUAAAACGUAUGAUUAUUAUUUUUAAUUAAGUUGAUCUUAUAAUUUAUCGUUAUAAGAACAAGAUCUGAAAUUUACUUAUAAGAAGUUAGAAUAUAAUAUCAUUUACAAAAUUCUAGUUAAUUCAUAAUGUAAAUAAAUAAGCUACGAUAAAUUUUGAGGCUCGAUCUUCUUCCUCUUCGCCUUUCUUAAAAAAAAAAAAUUAAAAAAAUUUUGUAUGUUGGGAGAAGAGCCCAAGACCGCACAUUACUAAUAUUCAAAAUUCCUCUUCAAUUCCCUCAACAACGUACACACGAGGAGUUGUCAAAAUUAGAUAUUUCAUCAAUUAAUCCACACUACAAAAACCAGCCAAAUUCAACACACACCAGGAAAUUAAACCCAUCCAUCAAGAAAAAGAAAAGAAGAAAGAAAGAUCAUAUAGGCUCCUCCUUUCUUCACAAUUUCUUUCUUUCUUUUCUUUUGUUUUCAUGGGAGAUUAUAAUUCCUAAAAAACAACGAAAGAAAGAAAAAAACCCACAAGAGGAAAAAAAAAACAAAACAAUGAAGAGGAAGAGCGAGCUGCGGCCACAGGCAUUGUUCAAGCUCAUCAACGGCGGCGGUCAGAAGAGAUUUCAGAGCUUCGUCCUGUACGUCCUCCUCUUCGGCUGCGGGCUGGCCUUUGGCGUCAUCGUCUGCCUCUACCUCCGCGACAUCUCCUUCUACCUCCGCCUCUACCAAUUCUCCGCCCACAACCCUCCGCCCACCAAACUCUCCUCCUCCUCCGCCGCCGUCAUCAUCCCCUCCUCCUCCUCCUCCACCACGCCGCUCUUCCCCAAAGACGAGCCCGACGCGGCUGAGAAAGAAACAUCAACGUCGUUUUCGCUGGUGUCGCCGUUGAGACCCUUUUUACCGUCGUUCCUGACGCAGUCGAGGACGAGCAUGGGGGACAAGAUGGUCGACGCGGCGGCGGAGGAAGAAGGGAGGAGGAGGAAGAUAAAGUGCACGGUGUGCCACGAGAUGAACGACGAGGAACUGCUGUGGAGGGCUUCGAUGGUGCCGAGGAUCGUGUCGGUGCCGUUCCGGCGGGUGCCGAAGGUGGCGUUCAUGUUCCUGACGAGAGGGGCGCUCCCCCUGGCGCCGCUGUGGGAGGUGUUCUUCAGAGGGCAUGAAGGGUUGUAUUCUAUUUACGUUCACAACCUGCCUAAUUACAACGACACCGAUCCCCUCGACUCUGUUUUCUACGGCCGGAGGAUCCCCAGCAAGGAGGUUGGUUGGGGUCAACCGUCAAUGAUCGAAGCCGAGCGUCGACUGGUCGCCAACGCUCUCCUCGACUUCGCCAACCAACGGUUUGUCCUCUUAUCAGAAGCAUGCAUCCCUAUCUUCAACUUCACAACGGUCUACAACUACCUCAUCAAGUCAACCCACACCUUUGUGGAGGUCUACGACCUCCCAGGCCCAGUGGGCCGAGGUCGCUACAACCCAUGGAUGAAGCCCCAGAUCCAGCUCGACCAGUGGCGGAAGGGCUCACAGUGGUUCGAGCUGGACCGAAAGCUGGCCAUCAAGAUGGUGUCGGACCAGACUUACUUCCCCGUCUUCCAGCUCCACUGCACCGGCCUCUGCUACGGCGACGAGCACUACCUCCCUACCUUCGUCCACAUCAAGUUCGGCCACCGGAACUCCAACCGCACGCUAACAUGGACCGACUGGUCUAGGGGCGGUCCCCACCCGAGCAGCUUCUCCGACCAGGACGUCACACCGCAGCUGCUGGAGGGGAUGAGGAACGGCAGCCAUUGCGUCUAUAAUGGGAGACAGACCAGUUAUUGCUAUAUGUUUGCCAGGAAGUUUAACUCGAAUGCAUUGGGUAGCUUGUUGAGAGUUGCACCGCGCGUCAUGCACUUUUAGGCCCGGAUCGAGGAGCAUUCCAGCAGAGGGAGAUUUGUUUGAUUCUUGAUCACAAGAAGAAGAUAGGGAUCUGAUGCAUAAGUGUUGAUACGAUCGUAUCUGAUUCGUCAUGAGAAGAUACCACGUCGUGAUGAAAUAUGUAUGUGUCAUGUCGAGCGCGAGGAAGAUAUUAGCGGGUAUGUUGCUUUCGGAUCAGCCGCGCACCGCGAAGAGGAGUUGUGUGUGAUGAUAAGUUAUAAGUAGGCUGACGCAUGAUUUUUUACUCAUCGUAUUGUUAUUUGUCACAUUGUUUGGGGAUAUUGUUUGUUGUAAUUUGUAAAUAUUACAAUGUGUUUGAUUUGGUAAUAGGUUUGAUCAUAUUUGACUAGUGACCACAAUAUUUUGAGGUGACAAUUAUGUAGUAUAGAUGUGAAUAUGGUUGUUAAUUUCAAAAUUAACAAAAUUUAUAACACUAA